GCUGCGGGCUGGCUGCAGCAGUCGCCUGCAGGCUUUUGGGCCCCUUCAGCUCUGGUCAGCUCUGUGCCCGCAGUUCAAGAUGCGCGACGGGAAGGACACUGCCAGGGGCCCGGUGCUCCAGUUCACCAACUGCCGUAUCCUGCGGGGCCGGAGGCUGCUCAGGGAGGAUCUGUGGGUGCGGGAGGGCCGCAUUCUGGACCCAGAGAAGCUGUUCUUUGAGGAGCGGCUCGUGGCCGACCAGCAGCGAGACUGCGGGGGCUGCAUUCUGGCACCAGGCUUCAUCGACGUGCAGAUCAACGGUGGAUUUGGCAUUGACUUCUCUCAGGCCACAGAGGACGUGGGUUCGGGAGUAGCCCUAGUGGCCCAGAGGAUCCUGUCGCAUGGAGUCACCUCCUUCUGUCCCACUUUAGUCACCUCGCCUCCUGAGGUUUAUCACAAGGUCCUUCCUCAGAUCCCUGUGAAGAGUGGUGGUCCCCAUGGGGCAGGGGUCCUCGGGGUGCAUCUGGAGGGCCCGUUUAUCAGCCGGGAGAAGCGGGGUGCACACCCUGAGGCCCAUCUGCGCUCUUUUGAGGCCAACGCCUUCCAUGAUGUUCUGGCCACCUACGGGUCCCUGGACAACGUUCGCAUUGUGACGCUGGCUCCUGAGCUGGGCCGCAGCCAUGAGGUGAUCCAGGCACUGACAGCCCGUGGCAUCUGUGUCUCCCUAGGGCACUCGGUGGCUGACCUGAGGGUUGCGGAGGAAGCCGUGCAGAGUGGGGCCACCUUCAUUACCCAUCUCUUCAAUGCCAUGCUGCCUUUCCACCACCGUGACCCAGGUAUCGUGGGGCUCCUGACCAGUGACCGGCUGCCCCCAGGACGCCACAUCUUCUAUGGGAUGAUCGCUGAUGGCAUGCACACCAACCCUGCUGCCCUGCGCAUUGCCCACCGGGCCCAUCCCCAGGGGCUGGUGCUGGUCACUGACGCUGUCCCUGCCCUGGGCUUGGGCAAUGGCCGUCACACACUAGGGCAGCAGGAGGUGGAGGUGGAUGGGCUGACAGCCUAUGUGGCAGGCACCAAGACACUGAGCGGCAGCAUAGCCCCGAUGGACGUCUGUGUUCGGCAUUUCCUGCAGGCCACAGGCUGCAGCGUGGAGUCCGCUCUGGAGGCUGCGUCACUGCACCCUGCUCAGCUGCUAGGACUGGAGAAGCGCAAGGGAACUCUGGACUUGGGGGCCGAUGCAGACUUCGUGAUGCUCGACGACUCCCUCCACGUCCUGGCCACGUACAUCUCAGGCGAGUUGGUGUGGCAGGCAGAGGAGGCCAGGCAGUAACCAAGGACUACGGCUGGAAAGGACCCCCAUCCCCAUCUGGACGCUGUCAGUCCUGGGCUGUCUAGGAGCUGGUCUCCCGGGAGUGAGUGGGAACCUGCCCCAAGUGAAUGGCUGUGGCCCUGGAGGCAGCUGGCUUGGAUAAACCAUGUAGCCCACAGGACUUGCCUGGUCUCUGAGUUUUGCUUCAAAAUAGGCUCCUUGCUGUUUCCGCUGUCACCCUGAUGGUCCUCCUCGGGCGGGCCAUGUGGGGGUUGUGGCUUAGGGUUGGCAGUGGCCGGACUCCAGCUCAGCUUGGCUUUGUGAGGAGGCUUUGUUGGGUCCAUGAAAGUGAUGACAGGGCCCCUUUCUGUUGGAAGGAUGUGUCUGAGGCCUGCAGACUUGGAUCCAGAUAAUGUCAUUUUGGAAGUAAGUGAAGGCAGGAGAGGGGAAGCAACAGGCUAUAGGUUGGAAAGCUAAAAGUGGCAGGAAAGGGCUUGGGGACAGUGAAUAUAGGCAACUGCAGAAGUUUGCCUAUUGUGUGGGUUGAGAUAAAAGAUACAUCUUAGAAUUUUAAACAGAAGGGCAUUGAUCGUGGAGACAGAUUAAGAGAUGAGCAGGGAAGGGCCUCAGGUGGGCACCGCAGAGGUUUGGGAGGCCAGGUAUAUGUGGGUGUCCUGUGGUCCUGCUCUUUGCACCAGAGUUGUGCAGGGCCUGGGCACUUCGCCCAGCAACUUCUCCCCUACCUUCAAAUGAAUCCACACUCGCCUCAGGACCCCAGGUUGUUGAGCUGAUUACAGGAGGCAGUGGUUGAAGGGCCCCUGAGCUGAUUGUGGCCACUGCCCAGCCUCCAUUCCACCUUCAUGAACCCUCUGGAUAAUUCAGGCUCCAAUUGUUUUGAUGUCCUUUCUGAACAAUCCCAUCCCUUGAUCCCACUCCUAGGAGGGUGUGAUGACCCAUCUUGCACUCUGGUGUUUGCACAGCUGUGGGUGAUCCUGUCUGGUGCUGGUGAGCAGUUCAUGUUCACUAGUGUCCUGUGCCCUGCAACUGGACCCCACCUCUGAGUCUCCUCAGUCGUGGCAGAGGUC